AUGGAUACCCGUGCAGAUAUAAGUAAAAAGGUUGAAGAUCUUACGGAUCUCGAGUUUGCCAUUUUACUUUGCUUAAUCGCCAAAGAAAAUUGCCUGAUUGAUACCCCAUCGAGCACAUUGGAUGACCUUGUCAAAGAACUGAUAUUGAUAUCUCGAGAAAUAUUUGGGCUGUCCUAUGCUGUUAUUGACUGCGCAGCCGACACUUCUUUUGAAGAGUUCAACACAACCAUCUUGGAACAUAGGCGUCGGCAAUCCGAGCCACUCCGCAGAGAAGAAAAUAUUAUUGAAGUUGCCCAACGCGAUUAUGCCAAUAUUUCUACAAAUGGCCAUGACAGACGAGAAACCGUGAACGUUAUCAUUGCCAAAAAUUUUGACCGCAUCUCACAGAGUAUACAAGUACAAACGCUAGAGAUGAUACGCUCCCGACGAGUUUAUAUCAAAGCUACUACAUACAAUGUUCCGAACAAUUUCAUAUUUAUACCAAUCCUUUCCUCUGACACACGAGAACUAUCGUCUCGAUUAAACAACCACUUAAAUGAGCACAUAUCCAUUUCUCACUACCAUGAUCCAUCCGUUGGCCUUGUAAAUCUAGAAGGUGACGGUAGUUCCUUGGCUGAUGAGAGAGGAUCCCUAUCUUCCGCUGUUUGGAAUUCAUCCUACUCAGCCCAGUUGGCAGAUAAAGCCACAUUAAUUUCGGAAGAGAACAUUGACUAUUUAAGGGGUUUGAUUCCCAGAGUGACAGUAUCCACUGAGGUAUACUGCUACAUUGAAAAUAUUAUCAAUUUUCUUAGGUUCAAUCGGGCCAUAUUUUGCGGAAUAACGGCCCCAGCUACACGCCAGUUUCACAAGAUAGUCAAAUGCCUUGCAGCACUUCAUGGAGUUGACUACAUCCCACCUUCCCUUGUGGCUUUGGCAGCAAUGAAGAUAUACCGCCAUCGUAUCUCGGUUGCAAAACCCGAGGACGAUCGCAGUAUGAUGUACGGGAGCGAUAUUAAUGCUGUUGAGAAGAUCCUGUCGUCUGCAACUCCAGAAAGCAUAAUCGAAGACGUAUUGGCUGAAGUCGAAGCACCAUUGUGA